AUGGUCUGUGUCGAGAAAAAUGCCUCACACUUCGUGAUCAGCCCGUCCAUAGCCAGCGCAAAGGGUUUGGAUCCUCUAGCGAGCCUCCGUGUCAACUCCGGCUGCAUUUCAAGCAGGAAGAGGCGGCUAAGUGGAAGCAGUCAGGUCAGUACUAUGCCAACGACUGCUCAGUCACUUCACCACCAGUACGAGUCGCGCUUGUCUGGGUUCUCGGAUGAAAAUGGCAAGACGCUUCCUCAUCGGACUAUCAAACGAUCAAAGAACAUUUACAGUGAUCGCUUUAUUCCGUCGCGGCUUAGUACGAAGCUCGACACUGGAUUCGGGCUUACGACAGAUUCACCACGCCAAUGCGCUAACCAGAACCGUGACAAUGGACCCAGUAGACCCCAGGGUGGCUCAAUGCAAACUUCGACGCUUGCAGGAGCCGUUGGUACUAUGGAUAGCAAUUCAAAAAACCAGGUUGGAACGUCCUCGCCGUACUCGAUGAUGCUGAAGCGAGAGCUGCUGGGACUGCACUCACCCACACGUACGAAUUUCGGCGGUAGUCAAUCCACGGCUGCUUCGAGUGCGUCCAGUUUUGAUAGUGUGAGUGCACUAUAUGACCCACUAUCGUCUUCGUGUGUACGAACAUACAAUGGCACCACAGCAUGCAUACGACCCAGCGGCAGUUCCAGCAACAUCUUACGCUUCAAAGCCCCGCGACAAUCGCUGUAUGGAGACGUGAAACCCUUCAUUCCUCUCUCGGGGCUGACAGAUCCUACGCAUCGAUAUCUUGGCACCGGUCUGCAGGACGGAGAGCAUGGCCGCCGACGGAUCGCACGCACACCUUUCAAGGUGUUGGAUGCGCCGUCGUUGCAGGAUGAUUUCUAUCUCAAUCUCGUAGACUGGUCCGCUACGAACAUCGUAGCUGUGGGUCUCAGCUCGUGUGUCUAUCUCUGGAGUGCUUGCACUAGUAAGGUGACAAUGCUCUGCAACCUUGGACCCAACGACUCGGUCACGUCGGUCUGCUGGAGUCAAAGGGGUACACACUUAUCAGUGGGGACGAAUAGCGGUGAAGUGCAGAUCUGGGACGUCAGCGCGGGUAAAAAGAUUCGCACCAUGACUGGACAUUUAGCUCGCGUGGGGACAUUAGGCUGGAACGGUCAGUCGUUGGCAUCGGGUAGUCGAGAUCGCACGAUUCUCAUGCACGACCUGCGAGCGCAGGAGCCAUUUCAGAACAAACUGGCCGGCCACAAGCAAGAAGUUUGCGGUUUGAAAUGGUCUUUUGACGGUCGGCAAUUGGCUUCUGGAGGCAAUGACAACAAGCUGCUCAUUUGGAACGUGCAGUCCAUGUCUUCCAGUCUACGCGGGGAUGCCACGAUGCCAGUAGCGCGCUUCAACGAGCACUCGGCCGCAGUGAAGGCGAUCGCGUGGUCGCCACACCAGCACGGCCUCUUGGCUUCUGGCGGCGGCACAGCUGACCGGUGCAUCCGCUUCUGGAACACGCAGACGUUGACAGCUCUGCCCUUCGUAGACACAGGCUCGCAGGUGUGCAACCUCAUGUGGUCGAAGAAUGCCAAUGAAGUUGUGAGUACGCACGGUUACUCGCUGAACCAGAUCAUCGUGUGGAAGUAUCCGACCAUGACCAAGCUGGCCACACUCACAGGUCACACGUUCCGCGUGCUGUAUCUGGCCAUGUCACCGGACGGCCAGACGAUCGUCACUGGAGCAGGAGACGAAACUCUGCGCUUCUGGAACGCCUUCCCAAGCACAAAAGCCCAGCGCGGUAGUCGCCUCGGAACGGACUUGAUGCUGCCCUUGAGUGUUGGCAGCGAGAUCCGAUGA